GUCACCAGGCAUCAGGUCAUUUGGCUCGACAGCGGGCACCGCGUCAUCUGGCAAGGCAGUGUGGGCUCCGAGUCAACAGGCACGACAGUGAGCACCGGGGCAUCAGGUACCGGAUUGUCUGGCUCGACAGCGGGCAUCGGGUCACCAGGUAUGACAGCGGGCACUGGGUCACCAGGCAUCAGGUCAUCUGGCAAGGCAGUGGGCACCGGGUCCCCAGGUAUGACAGCGGGCACUGGGUCACCAGGCAUCAGGUCAUUUGGCUUGUCAGCGGGCACCGCGUCAUCUGGCAAGGCAGUGGGCUCCGAGUCAACUGGUAUGACCGCGGGCACUGGGUCAGACAUUGGAUCGUCUGACUGGACA